UUCAGUCACUUCAAUCAAAAUUUUAUAAAUUUAAUACUCCGUAAGAUUUUAGUAUUAUCAAACGGGCACUCUCUCUAUAAGCCGGAAUCUAUUGAUACUACACAAUCAUUGAUGUUCGGUUAAAGAUGCACACUUGCACAGUUGCACUAUGUAAAUCCAGGCAUAAGAGCAUAAGCACAACAGUCCACUGUUUUAGUUAGCCCCCCAUCCUCCCCUCUCUUUAUAUAUUUUGAUUCUCAACAGACACACACUCCCGCAUUAAACAAUAUAAUCCCCUCCCAUAAAAAGUGUAUUGCAUACAAUUUCUACUUGUAGCUAUUUAUCAUCAGAUUAGGAGUUUGAGAUCCAAGAUUUCAUUCAGAACAAAAUGUCCCAAAAGUUGUUUCACCGGAGAGACGACUCAGGCGAGCUUGAUGUGUUUGAGGCUGCAAACUAUUUCAACGAUGAUCAAGUCUCUUUCUCUGAUAAUAACCAAAUUAAUGUCAAUGGUGGGGGCUGCCACAGCCAAGCUGCCUCCAGCAAUGAGGAAAGAAUGAGCACUGACACUCUUUUUCCUCCGGACACCCAACAUUCAUCAACUGAAUCCGAAAUAGAAAAGCCAAUAGCCCUGAAAGAGAAGUGCAAGCAGCCCAGCUCUCCAGGAGGGAAGCUAGCCUGCUUCUUGAAUUCACUCUUCAGCCAAACAAACAGUUCCAAGAAGAAGAACCAUAAAUCGAAAACCCGCAUGAACAAGGAGGAAGAAGAUAAUGCUCACAUCCGGGCAGGGUCACUGAGGAAGAAGAGAAGGAGCAGCAGCAGCUUAAGUGAAGAAGAAGAAGAAGAAGUCUAUUCAACAAAUACUACUUUCAAAAUCAAUGCUCCAUUUCCGUACAACCCCAAAAUCCCAUCAUCCAAGGAUGAUGAGGAUGAGGAUGAGGAUGAUCACAGGCCAGCAGGAUACAAGUUCAUGUUCAGCUGUGGGAUUUCAGAGAUCAGAAGGAGAAGUGUUCAUUGGACAGGUGAAUGUAAAGCAGAAAAAUAUGAUAAUAAUAAAUGCAGCAAGUUUGAUGAUGAUUGUGAGGAUGAUGAGGAUGAGGAUUAUCACAGUGAUUCAAGCUCUGAUCUGUUUGAUUUGCCAAUCAGUGAGGUGCUGGGUUACUAUACCAGUACUGGUUUGCCUGCUGUUGUUUAUAAGGCUGCUCAAAUAGAUUACAUCAAGAGAGGUGCACCCAUUUCUACUGUGAUUUGAGUUUGGUCAAAUUAGAUCUACCAGCUCUGCUAUUGAUGCAAGGAAAAGUGGUGAAAUGGUUUUGUUUAUUGUUUCAAAUUCAAUUACCUAAGUUUAUAAAAAAAGAAUGACGUCACAUCUCUGAGGGGCCCCCAAACCCAACCGAACAGUACAUUGGGAGGAACCUAAGUUCAUAUACACACACAAUUAAUUUCUUGAAGGGUUGAGAUCUUGCUCCCAACCUCCCACCCACACCAAAAUUAAUUUGUUGAAGGGUCAAAUAGGCACUAUACUCGUCAGAAAUGCUCAAUUAG